AUGAGAAAGGACCUCCGCCCCUCGGCCGCGCUCGCGGGCGAAGGGGUGGGGCCGGGAGCCGGCGUCUCGAGCAAGAUGGCGGCGAGCGGCCUGCGGCAGGCGGCGGCCGCGGGCAGCACCUCGGUGAAGCCCAUCUUCAGUCGGGACAUGAGCGAGGCCAAGCGGAGGGUGCGCGAGCUCUACCGCGCCUGGUAUCGGGAGGUGCCGACCACUGUGCACCUGUUCCAGCUAGACAUCACUGUAAAGCAGGGGCGGGAUAAAGUCCGGGAAAUGUUUAUGAAGAACGCCCACGUCACCGACCCCCGGGUGGUGGAUCUCCUGGUCAUUAAGGGAAAGAUGGAGCUAGAGGAAACGAUCAAGGUGUGGAAGCAGCGGACACAUGUCAUGCGGUUCUUCCAUGAAACAGAAGCGCCAAGGCCACAGGACUUCCUGUCCAAGUUCUACGUUGGCCAUGACCCAUGAAGCCACUCAGCAGAAAGGUGCAUGUUGGUUUCAGUAUUUUACAGCACAAAUAAACUCGCU